ACAAUCGACUCGAAAACGAUCGAGUCGAACACGAUUGAGUCGAACGUGAUCGUGUCGAUCAUGAUCGAGUCGAACACGAUCGAGUCAAACACGAUCGAGUCGAGCACGAUCAAGUCGAACACGAUUGAGUCGAACGCGAUCGAGUCGAUCAUGAUCGAGUCGAACACGAUCGAGUCGAACACGAUAAGCCUGGACUCACAAUCGAGUCGAACACGAUCGAGUUGGUCUGUCACGCUCACACCGAACAAGAUCGUGUUGACCACGGGCAUGAUCACGAUCGAGUUGAACACGAUCGUGAUUAGGCAGCGCUACAAAACAUGGAAGGAGAGGGGAAGGCAAGUAAAUGACGAGCAAGUAAGAAUUAUGGGAGCACGGAACAAUCUCCGAAAAAAUCGAAGGGGACUCCGACCGCUGGGGUUGGGAGUUUGGAGGCAUCGGGGCUUAAGCGGCAACGCAUCCCGGUUUCAAGGGGUGCACCUUCCACGGGCACUCCGUCGACUCGUGUUCGGCUCUGGACCGGAUAAGGCUGUGUUGAUGACUGGCGGGCCUGCGGGUCAGGAACGUGUGCCUGGUCCACAGCACGGGAGAUCUGCAGUGGAGGUUAUGCCCGAACGCAAACCGUCUGGAGAACGUAAACCGUCUGGCGAACGUAAACCGUCUGGUGAAACGACUGCUGCGGGUCGGCGAGACGAUGUCCCCGUGAUUGACCACAAGGACAAGUUAUGGAUGCUGGACUGGGUGGGGGAGACCGGACAACCAUCGAGUGGCCUUGUUCUAUACGUGGUCAUCAAAGAAAAUAUUGUGCCGGUUGGCGGCCUGGUGAGGUGGACUGGGCAAAAUGUGUCGUUUGCAACUUUCGAGUUGACGAUGGUCCUGAAUGGAAGAGGGGAAAGAAUACCAAACAUUAAACACGUCGCUCUUCGAUGGGCCAAACACGCGGGGCUUGGAAAGUCGCUGGUUGAUGUGUUCAACCCACCAGGGACAUUGGAAGUGAAGUUGCCUAACCUCGUUGACGUCCUCGGGUUUUUCGACAGUAAUGUGAUCGCGGGCAGAGCGCCGGUUGUGCAUCCAAAGGACCGCAUAUCAGAGCCUAAAUGCGUGCUUUCGAAAACCGUGGAGACAGGGUCUUCGAUCACGAUCCGCGAUACGCCGCCUGGUCCGAAAGCUGGGCAGAUAGGAGAGAAGGGUCCGUGCCGCGGACUGGUCGUACCAUCAGCCCCUAUGAAGACCAGGCCAACGACGACCAAAACACCAGUUGCCUUGGGCAGUCGAUCGCGCUAUGAUGUGGCCACCAAGGGACAUCCCCCCUUGGUGGGCCAGCAGCGCUAUGACUACGUAGAGGAAGUCCAUGAGUAUUUUGAAGAUGAGGAUGAAUAGAACAGCAAGGAAUAUUCUGAACGAGCAAGAGGACAGGAACAGUAUGCUGCGGGUGUCGGCGCCAUGAUGAAGA